CGGGUGCUGUAAACAGUACGUUGGCGGUUCACACCAGUUCAGAAGUAAGGUAUCUUAAAUUGCACUCGACAAUGUUGUGAAUACUUUAAAAUGCUUGAAGCCAUACUUGAUGCCUUCCAUAACGUGUAAAGUAAGAAGUUAGCCUGUGUUAAAAAGUGGUGAUCCCUGCAGAUUACCAAGGCAUCCAGUCUCCCAGCAAGUGCCAAGAGGUAUUCAUUCAAUGCUCCGCUGACACCAAUUUGCCCAAAGAAUAUUUAUGUGGGAGACUCCUCAGAUUGUGGAGACCCCAGAUUGUGGAGGCUCCUGGGCAGCUGGUCUUUUUGUGGACUCCUAAAUCUGGCACUGAACAAAAUUCUCUCUCUCUCUCUCUCUCUCUCUCUCUCUCUCUCUCUCUCUCUCUCUCUCUCUCUCUCUCUCUCUCUCUCUCUCUCUCUCUCUCUCUCUCUCUCUCUCUCUCUCUCUCUCUCUCUCUCUCUCUCUCUCUCUCUCUCUCUCUCUCUCUCUCUCUCUCUCUCUCUCUCUCUCUCUCUCUCUCUCUCUCCUCAACUCUCAGCCACUGGAUGGUAUAUCAGUUCACACAGCAAGAAGCCAAGGACCCACCGAGGCUGUCACUUGGAAGAGGUCAUUGUUGUUGCAUCCAGCAUCCCAGCCUGACUGCCUAGACAGGUCCCGCAGGUUGCUGAAUGGCAGAGGUGCAGGCUGCUCCACAGCAAAAUGUGAGACCAGUGUGGCAGAGUAUGAUGUGUACACAAUGAGGGACACACUGUAGCCAACCCAGUAGAUUACCCGUGCUGCACUGCUGAUUGGGUCCUCACCUUGUUGUAGGAGAGCUGACAACAUGUACCAGCCAGCAGCAACUCCCAUGCUAACAGGCUUCUCCCCCGUGGGUAUGUAGCACCUCUGGAGUCGCUCGAUGAAGAAGAGGAUGCUGGCGAGGCCUGUCGUGUUAGCCGGGAUGCGCCGGUACAGAGCUGUGUCCGUUGGGGUUGUGUAGGCAAACAUCUUCUUGGCAAGGUCCUCGUGGGUGGCCGCAAACAGUUUACGGCUGUGGGAUGAGAACUUGUCUUGUGAAUGUGACAUUGGGGUGAGUGUUAAUCUGAUUUUGUGUUACUAUGUUCUGUGGGGAGUGGGUGUUAAUGUGAUUUUUUGUUAACUGAAUGCUGUGUCUGACCUCCUGAGGUGUAGUAUGGUGGGCCACAAGAUUGUCCCUUUCCACUAGGGGCUGACAGAUGAUAUUAAGAGUGUGAAUGUGUGUGUGGUGCCUUGUUUGGGCCAUUUUGUGUGUGAUUGCCAGCCUGAUGUAUAGACAGCUAAAUCGUUAAUAAUAAUGAAGUUAAGAGUGUGAAUGUGUGGUGAUUUGUCUGCGGUGUCUUGGGGAGGAUUGUUGGCCUGGUAUAUAGAUAAAUAGAUUAGAAUUUGGAUUAACAGUGUCAAUGUUGUAUGUGAGUGUAUAGUGUAGUGUCUGGGCCACCCUGUAUAGGACUGCCAGCCUGGCAUAUAGAUAGAUCAAUCUAAUUAUUUGACAUUUCAUAUUCUGAACAUUUUGCUGAUCCAAUUCAUCUGUUAAGGGAGCACUUUGUUCAACAUCUUUAAAAUAUUAUUUGAUCAUCACCUGUAUCUCUCACCUGAUGAUAUAGAUAGGCUGGGUGUAGGUAACAACUUUCAACCUCUCCUCAGUGAUGGACAAUUCAGAGACAGUGAGGUCAGCUUCCCCUGACUGCAGAGCUCCUACCGUGCCCGUCCACUCGUUGCUUGAGUUGUCCUUCAGUUUCCCGUAGGCAUAACCUUCCAGUACAUUGAAACUGACUCUGUACAAGAGAGAGAGUGGGAGAAAAAAUAGUGUUGUGUAUUGAGGGAAAGAAAAUUUCUGUCUUGUCUUCUCUAUUUAGGGAAAGAAAAGGAAAAGGGCAAGUAGUGUCAUAUGCAUGGAGGAAAAGGAAAAUUAUUCUCAUAUGCACUGAGCAAAAAGGAAAAGUACUGUGAUAUGUACUAAGGGAAAGGCUGGGUGUACUGAAGGGAAGGAAAAAUACUGUUGUCGUAUUUAUUGAGGAAAAGAAAGAAAUACUGUCGUAUGUACAUUUUUUAAUUGCUAGAAAGAAAAGUGAAAUAUACAUUUAUAUGUAUAGUUUAUUUUUCAUAUCAGUCACAAGUAUGGAUGUUUGUUUCCCUUCUUUUUUUCACAUGUACAGCUACCUCCUCAAAUAGCUUGUAUUUUCAAAAUUUCAAGCUGCUGUGAUGAUGAAAAAAGCCUGAAAGAAAAAUGACAAGGAACAAAAAGUAAUGAGAAUAAGUUUUGUGGCAACUAUUCAUUAGGUGUCACUUUUUCACUCCUCCACUUAGACCGGUACAGUUGAACGCAAAAUGUGAAAACUUACGAGAAAUUGUGUGCAUCCCUUAGUGCAGUGACAAUAUCCCCCACAAAACCAGUGAUAUUUCUUUGACUGGAGGUUAGUUCAAUAAUUUUGAAGGCUGGGAUUAAUUUUAAUGAGGGAUGAGAGGGUGGAAGUGACUGGAGUAUAGGUUAAUAAUUCUACCAGCUGGAAAGGAUUUUGAGGGUCAGAGGAAAGUGAUUGGAUAUUAGCUUGAUAAUCGUGCUUGGUGAGAUUAAUUUUAGUGAGAGACUAGAUGGUGGGAGGAUGAUAUUUAGAGGUUAGUUUGGUAAUUUUGCCAGUUGGUAUUAAUUUUUAGUGAGGGAUGAGGGUGUCAGAAGAAUGUGACUGGAGGUUAGUUUAAUAAUUCUGAGGGUGGGAGGAAAGUAAUAGGGGGUUAGUUUAAUUUUGGUGAUGGAUGAGAGUGUGAGUGGAAAGUGUAGCUGACCACAUAAUUUAUCAAAUAGUACAAGCAUGUACACAUUCUUAAUAAUGUUCCAUGUUAAGAUAUACUAAACAUGAAGUUACUCCACAAUAUAUGAUGGUGUAAAUUACGAAUGGUUAAAGUCGAGACUUGUUUGAUGAUGGCCUGUUUGCUUGCUCCCCUUGGACGUGCGGCAAGUGCAGCAGCGUUCGACCGUUUCUCUAGGGGCAAGCGACACCUCCUGGUGGGGGACUUCAAAUCUGCUGUCGCUGCCUUCGAGGAGGCAACAGAGUCCCUGGUGGAGCUGUGUGGGGAGCAGGCGCCCGAGUGUGGUGACGCGUACUGCCGCUGUGGCCGUGCAUUGCUGGAGCUGGCACGCAAGGAGGCAGGGGUGCUGGGGCCAGAUCUGGAUGGUGCCAGUAGUCGUGUGUAUUGCUUGGUUAUUGUGUUAACGUGCUGGAGUGUGCACAGCCGGGAGUGUUUGGGGAAUGAAAAUAAAAGGAGUUAUGGAUGUUUAAAAAUGCAUCUUUUGAGAGCUGAGUAUACAAGAAAGUUGCUGUGUUUGCGGGAUGAGUAAACAAUGAAGAAAUGUUUUGAGGAACUGGGUGUGCAGAGGCACGAGUGUUUGGAGAAUGAGAAUACAGGAAGACAGGAGUGAUUUAGGAAUAAGUGUACAAGAAAGGAGUGUUUGAGUGACAAUAUAUAAGGAAGAGGUGUUUUGAAAAUGAGAGUACAAGGAAUGAGCAUUUUGGGAGUUAAUAUACAAGGAAGCAAGUAUUUAAGGGACAAGUAUACAAGAUUAUUUUCCUGUCAUAUGUCAUUAUACAAUGUUUUUCUUUGUUAUAUACAUCAUUCCCUUUCACUUUUCAUAUCUUGUGUUCUCGUCAUUCUGAUGUAAUGUUACAGAUAGAGAAUGUUUGGUGUCAAAUUUUCACUAAUUUCAUAUGUGUAUAAACUUUCAUUUCAUUGACUUUUUUUUACUAUUACUACUAUAUUUGCUUGCUUUUUAAACAAGUCUUUUCUUUCAGAGGAGGGAAGCACAGGGGAAGAGGAGGACGAGGAGGAAGAGAG